CGGGGCUAGAACAGGGGCAGGUGAAAAGGGCCCACGCGACCCUCGAUCCCCAGGAAAGCCGCUUUGUGGUUUGUUCCUGCGUAGUAGCACUGUUUCUUCGCAUCCGCUUGUUCAAGGUGACAGCAUUAUACACUCUCAGUAUUCACCUCCAGCAUUAUCUCUUGCCAUUGCAUGUCACCAUGAGCAAGGCCCAAUCGCCCUACGAUUCGCUACGGCACAUACCGCUGUACUACGAUAAUUCAGACUCGCACAACUCGGCCCUCAACCUCAUACUCACACUACGGCCGGAAUGGCGAGAGACCAAGGAUACGAUUGAGUUUGUGAGAUUCACCGACGGCAUUACGAAUACGCUCCUCAAAGCGGUGAACACGCGACCAGGUCUCUCCAAGGCAGAGGUAGAGGAGGAUGCCAUCUUGCUGCGCGCAUACGGCAAAGGAACAGACGUCCUCAUAGACCGUGAAAAGGAGACUCGGUCCCACUCCCUCCUUGCCCGCCACGGCCUCGCGCCCUCUCUCUACGCCCGGUUUGAAAACGGUCUCCUAUACAAGUUCAUAUCAGGCAGCGUAUGUACGCCCGCUGAUUUGCGUCGGCCAGAAGUAUGGCGAGGGGUAGCUCAAAGGCUGGGAGAAUGGCAUGCCACAUUACCUAUAUCGAGUAUUAGCAGCACAUGUCCCGCGCCAUCCCAACUCUCUUCACACAGCAGCAGCAACGACAACAAGCGUGCCUCUCUGGCCGCUAUGGCACAACUCACGCCAGGCAAGCCCAUUCCGAAUGUGUGGACUACUAUGCAGAAAUGGAUUUCCGCGCUGCCGAUAGCGACCACCGCGCAAUCGAAUCGACGAGAUGAGUUGACGCACGAGUUGGAGAGCCUCACGAAGAUGCUAGGCGAUACGCCUGGUGUCGGUGGCUCCAACCCGUUUGUCUUCGCCCAUUGCGACCUCCUCUCCGGCAACGUGAUUAUCGAGCCUUCGCCCUCGUCUGCCGCUGCCUCCCGCCGAUCUAGUGCAUCCAACGGGUCUGAAGAGCCCGAGACGGCGGCUUGCGUGACUUUUAUCGACUACGAGUAUGCUACGCCGGCACCUGCGAGUUUCGAUAUUGCAAACCACUUUGCCGAGUGGGGUGGCUUUGAUUGCGAUUAUAGCGCCAUGCCCACCCGCAGUGUUCGCCGCGCCUUCCUCCGUGAAUACCUACACAGCUUCAGCGCGCAUCAGAACCGCACAUACAAGGAGUCGGAACUAGACGAGUUGUUUGAGCAGGUCGAUCGAUUCAGGGCCGUGCCUGGAUUCUUUUGGGGUAUCUGGGCCUUGAUACAGGCGCAGAUUUCGUUGAUAGACUUCGACUAUGCGAGCUAUGCCGAGGUUCGACUAGGAGAGUACUGGGCCUGGAAAAAGGCGGUGAAUGGCAAGGUCGAGAAGCAGACCGAGAGGGAAAAGCGAUGGGCUCAAGAAGAAUGAGUGAGGGUCUUGGUGAGGGGAUAGAGCUGUGGCAGCUGACAUUCAACAUGCGAACAAGGCGCCAGGGGCGUCAUAAUAAUUCCUUUCGUACUACGGUACAUUCGAUACUUGCACUUCCAACUAACAUGUUUAAUAUACCAAUCAAGAGUUUUUGUCGAUUCAAGCCCAUGGUCCGAAUACUUUCUUCCACAUGUCUCCACC